AUGAAAAUACGUUUUGAAGUGCCCAAUAAAUUAGAAAUCAUUUUUGGAAAAGAUAAAGCGGAGUGCGAUGGAUGCGGCAGCGACAGCGAGGAAGGGCGCAGCGUGGGCGAGCUGCUCCUGCCGCAGUACGCGCUGGCUACGGGCGGGCUGGCGCGCGACCACCGCCCUCUCAUCACGUUCCCCGAUAACAACAACUUCCACGUACUCUCCGCCGCCGAAUACCGCCGCCUUCUACUCUACCUCACUUCUGUGCCCUCUUUAUUAGAAGCUGAAAUGGGCUUCCAUAUUAUAAUAGAUCGAAGAAAAGAUAGAUGGAAUUCCGUUAAAACAGCUUUACUUCGAAUAUCAGAAUUUUUCCCGGGUAUAAUUCACGCAGUAUACGUGUUACGACCAGCAAGCUUCCUCCAAAAAGCCUUAUCGGAAGUAAGCAGUAAACUGUUUAAAGAGGAAUUUCGAUUCCGAGUGCUAGUGUGUUCGUGUGUCGACGAGUUGUAUGAACACUUCGACAGAUCGCAACUUACUCCCGAUCUAGGCGGAGAACUUCAAUAUUCACAUUCUGAGUGGAUACAACAGCGAAUUGCUUUAGAGAAGUUUUCAACAUUGAUGAAAGAGAUAUCGAGUAAACUGGAUGAAUUUAUGCACGAAAUAGUGGAUUGCGAUAUGGGAAACGAUCCUACACAAACCAAAGAAUUAUUAGACUGUCAAGAAUCUAGAUAUAAAGCUUUAAAAACUGAAUUGUCGUCAGCGACAUCUCAAGGGGAGGAGUUGCUGACACAAGUUCGAAAACCAAACCUUACUUAUAAUAUUAUUAGCCAUGUAGCUGCUGUUGAAAGGUUGCUUGUUCAACUAGACGAGACUGAGAAACAAUUUGAUAACUUUUGGCAAAAACAUUCGAUGAAGUUAAAUCACUGGCUGAAAUUUCGAACAUUUUUAUUAAACUUUAAACAGAUGCAGGCUACUUUAGAUAGCCAUCUAAAGACUGCGUGCGACAUGACUGAAGUUGGGGAGACGGCAAAUAGAGUGGACAGUCUUAUACAAGAAGCGAACGAGUUCGAAAAAUUGUGCAACUGUGAUCUUGACUCUGCUUCAACGGUUAUUGAAGAAGGAGAGAAAUUAAUGAGCGACCCACUUAGCUCCGUUGAUCACAUAGAAUCAAAAUGCGAAGAGUUGAGACGAACGAGUUCACUACUGAUGGAGAAAAUACAAAAACGAAAUUUGCUACUAACCAAAGCUAGAGAAUUAAUGGAUAGAAUAGACAAGGCAAACGACUGGUGUACAACCGGGGUAGAAAUCUUGGCCGGAGAGGGAGGGCUCAUAGCGGUGGACAAGCUUCUAGAAGAUGCGAAGAGUUUCGGUCUCGCCGCGCCCGAGCAGUUCCGCGACAUGCUGCUGCAGUCAGCCACGCAGGAGACCCGCGCUUUAGUCACGCAGGUGUGCCAGCGCGUGGAGGACGUGUGGCUGAUGGUGUCGGUGAAGCGCGCGACGCUGGUGCGCGCGGCGGCGCGGCCCGCGCGCCCCGUGCAGACCGUGCCGCCACACUGCGCCGCGCCACCGCCUAGCAACCAGAAUUGG